GCAUUAUUUUUGAGGAAAGAUAAUGGAUGAAGGUUCAACGAAAAGAAAAAGGAAGAAGAGAGGGAGAAGUUUGAUUUUUAAAGCAUGUUUUCGUACACCUAGUAAUCCAUCAACCGGGAAGAUUUUGGCUUCCGAUGACAACUUGGUCUAUUGCGACGUUAGCAACAAUUGUAGCGUCGAACCAGAAAUCAAGAAGUCGUCUUCUUCUCGUGGUCGGAUAUCUCGUAUAUUCAAGGCCGUUUUGUUUGAUACCGCAGUAAAAAAGAGGAUAGGUAGCAAAAAACAUUCAAAAGAUUUAGCGGAUUCUACUACCUCAUCACCUGGAUUAGAAGAGAAACCAGUAAAUAUUGACAAUAUAUUCGAUGAGAAUAAUUCGACGGUUGUUAAAAAUUUGGAGGAAAAGAAUUCUUUAAACGAUAGUUCGAACGCUUUAGCCCCUCCAGAUGGGCUACUUUAG